CGGAGCUCAAAAAGGGCUGAUGAUGUCCGUACAAGCUUUGCCCAAUAUUUGCCUCGAAAGUUCCUUGAAACCUCAGAGCGAUUUUUCCCUGGUGCUUAGAUCAGCAAGAAAAGGGGAGAAAGAAACAAGUAGAAGAUUUUGGUACGUGGGUUCAGAUGGGUUUGGAAGGAAGCACAAACAGAGUGGUCGGUGUGGAGAUAGCUGAGGAUGGUUUGAGCAGGAGGAGGAGACAUGGUACUAAUGACCUGACUGAUAUUGUCUCCUCUUGGUCUCUUCAUGACAUUCUCAACGAAAACCUCUACUAUGACCAGGUGGAGACUAUACCGGAUACAUUUCAGUCUGUCCCGCAUUAUCUUGGAUCGUAUGUCUACCCUUUACUGGAAGAAACACGGGCGAGUCUGUGCUCGAGUUUGGAAGAUAUUUCUUUGCUACCUUUCACUGAAGUUAUUGAAUUUAUGGAAUGCACGGGAAGUAGGAACUCAUAUGCUGUUAAGGCCGGUCGGUGGAGCAAUGAAUCCAACAGUCAUGGGACGGAAACUUACAAAACUUUGCCUGGAGAUAUCUUGAUUCUAACUGAUGCUAAGCCAACAACUGUUCCUGAUCUGGAGAGGUUCGCAAGAAGAUGGGCGUUUGCAUUAGUAAGGAUGAUUGGAAAAGACGAUGAAGAGGAUGAGGCAACGUCAUCCACAAACUUUGAAGUGGAGACAUUAUUGGACCUUGAAGUAAAUAAUUCCUGGAAGCCAAUGCAUGCAAUUUUCCUGAUAAAUAUAGUCACUAACAGAAGGAUAUGGAAUGUGUUGCAUAUGUCUCGGAACUUGGAUAUUUUGAAGGAAGUUCUCUUCACAGAUGUGGUGGCUGACAAAGUUUCUAAUCUUUGUAUUACAAAGGGUAAUGGUUCUGCGAGUGAGAGCCUUGACAAGAGAUUGAGCCAUGAUCUAAAUGAAUCCCAAAAAAAAGCAGUGGGGGCCUGUCUCAGGAAACUCCACUGUGAGAACAAGCCAUCUUUUGAACUGAUAUGGGGUCCUCCUGGAACUGGGAAAACUAAAACCAUCGCUACACUGCUAUUUACUCUCUUAAAAAGGAAACAUAGAACCAUUGUUUGUGCUCCUACAAAUGUUGCCAUCAAGGAAGUGGCAUCUUGUGUUCUAAAGCUGCUAAAGCAAUCGGAUAGCGGUAUAAGCACUGAAACGGGAAGUUUUCUCUGUUACUUUGACAUGCUUAUUUUUGGGAACAAGGAACGGCUGAAAGUUGAUUCUGACAUUGAAGAAAUAUACAUGGAACAUCGUGUAGAGUGCUUUUCUAAAUUCACUAGUCUAACUUCCAUGAUAGGUACUCUUGACAAAUGUGUCCGUCAAUACCACAUAUUAUUGGAAAAGGAACACACAAAAAGAAGCAAACCAGAAAGUGAUGAUGAUGGGAGCGAAUGCGGAAGCAGUGAGCUUAAAUCAUUUCUUGAGUUUUUCAGGGACCGAUUCAAGGCAACUGUCCAGCCCCUGCGGAGAUGUCUCUAUAUUUUCUGUACUCAUAUAUCCAGAACUAAUUUCCAGAAUAUUACAUCCCUCCUUAACUUACUAGAUACUUUUGAAACUUUAUUAUGUGGAGAGAAGUUGGAUUCAGAGGUGAUGGAGAUAACGCUUUCACGUGAUGAACUGUUGAAAUAUGAUGCCGAUAUUGUCAACGGUCUUCAUCGCCGUCUUUUUCGUGGGCAGUUUGCUGGCAACGUAGUGGAUUUUGUAUAUAUUGAUGAAGUGCAGGAUCUCACCUUGAGACAAAUUUCACUGUUCAAAUAUAUAUGUGGAAACUUUGAUGGGGGCUUUGUGUUUUGUGGCGACACUGCACAAACUAUUGCAAGGGGAAUAGACUUCAGGUUUGAAGACAUAAGAUCCCUUUUCUACAAGGAGUUCUUGAUAGAUUCAAUGGAUGGACCUGAUAAAAGAAUGGAAAAGGGAUGUCUUUCCAAAAUUUUCCAUUUGAGCCAAAACUUCCGCACUCAUUCUGGUAUACUCAAACUGGCGCAGAGUGUUGUUGAUCUCCUUUACCAUUUUUUCCCUUUAACCAUUGAUGCUUUGGGCCCUGAAACUAGCUUUAUAUGUGGGGAAGCCCCAAUUUUACUUGAAUCGGAGAAUGACGAAAGUGCCAUACUAUCAAUUUUUGGCAACCGUGAUUUUAGUGGUAAUUUCGUUGGCUUUGGAGCAGAGCAGGUUAUUUUGGUUCGAGAUGAUCACUCUAGAAAUGAAGUUUCGAACCUUGUGAGAGGGCAAGCCCUAGUUCUGACGAUAGUGGAGUGCAAGGGGUUGGAAUUUCAGGACGUUUUAUUGUACAACUUCUUUGGCACAUCACCUCUGAAAAGUCAAUGGAGGGUCAUUUAUGGAUACAUGAAGGAGCAAGCUUUGCUCGAUAACAGCCCUCAAUGGUCUUCCCCAAGUUUCGAUGACGCGAAGCACAAUAUAUUAUGCUCUGAAUUGAAACAAUUGUAUGUCGCAAUUACUCGGACAAGACAAAGAUUGUGGAUUUGUGAGAAUGCCCUAGAGUUCUCCAAACCAAUUCUCGACUACUGGAAGAAGAAGUGCCUCAUUCAAGUUAGGUUGGUAGAUCAUGCCCUUGCAGAAGCAAUGCAGGUCAGUAGCACGCCGGAGGAGUGGAAGUCACAAGGUUUUAAGGUUUGCUGUUUUUCUGUUUUUUCUUUAUUAGUUGUUUCCUCUUCACGGAAUUGUUAUUUUCGCCUCAUUUGGAGUCAACAUGAUCUGUGAAUGCUAGAGAUUUUGG